AUGGCUCCCUUGAUCGCCACCAUCGACCUCAACGACGAUGCCGUCUUCAGCGUCCCGAGCAAGGCCGCACACAAGGCCUCACCGGUCGGCAGCCAGCGCGCCCUGCUCCUCGCCCCGCCGUCCCUCGCUUCCCACGCCGACGCCCUCGCCGCCGUGCUCACGCAAUACGACCGCACCAUCACCGACCUGCAGAUGCUCGACCGCCUCGCCGCCGGGCUCGUCCAGCUGCCCGCCGCGCGCUACGACCUGAUCCUCAUCCUUUCCGACGCUGCCGCCACGCUCGCCGAGGCCCUCACGCUGCUCGACCGCGCCGUCGUGGGUGCCGUCACCGAGGCGCUCAAGCCCGGCGGCCAGCUGCGUGCCGAGAAGGCGACCGAGAACAUCGAGGCUACGCCGCUGGCCAAGGAGGCCGUCCUUGCCGGGCUGGUCGGCAGCGGCGCCGGAGGCUUCUCCAAGCCCGACUACGGUGAUAAUGACGGCGUCGUGUCGCUCAAGCUAGGCUUGCGCAAGAAGACGACUAACGCGGCGGCUCCCCCGGCUCCGGUCCCGGCGCCCGCCGUCGGCAGCACGGUUCUCCUCAACGGCCACGCUAGCAACGGCACCGCUAAGCCUGCGGUCCCUGCCGGUGUCGGCUUCGACUUUGGCGAUGACCUCGACGACGACGACAUCAUCGACGAGGAGACCCUCAUGACUGAGGAGGACCUUAAGCGCCCCAUCAACAUCCCCAUCGAGUGUCAGCCCAAGCCCGGUAAGCGUCGUCGCGCGUGCAAGGACUGCUCGUGUGGGCUCGCCGAGCGUCUCGCCGCCGAGGACGCCGCCCAGCGCGUCGAGGCCGAGAAGACGCUGGCCAGCUUCAAGCUAGACGCCGACGACCUGGCCGAGGUCGACUUCACCGUCCAGGGCAAGGUCGGCUCGUGUGGCAACUGCGCUCUCGGCGACGCCUUCCGCUGCGACGGAUGUCCGUACAUCGGCCUGCCGCCGUUCAAGCCCGGCGAGGAGGUGCGUCUGCUGAACAACGAUGUGCAGUUGUAG